AUGGCUUCGAAAGACACACUUUCCACCGUCUACGGUGUUCCCACGAAAUACGCCUCCCUUCUUACCCUCGUCGUCCAGAACUCGUCGCUGGUUCUGUUGAUGCGAUAUUCCCGAAUCCUACCUGGGCCGAGAUACUUGAGCUCGACCGCAGUCGUACUUUCAGAAGUCCUCAAAUGCCUAAUAUGCCUAUCAGUCCACAUCAAUGAACAACGACAUCAGUACCGCUAUUCACAACUCCCGACCCUCUCCGACGAUCCGAACACUUCCGCUAGCCAACCCGGUUAUAGCUUGAAGCACCUAUGGAGCGACAUCUUCAGCGUCAAGAGUGGCUUCUUCAAGCUUCUCGUACCGGCCAUCCUUUAUACCUUGCAGAACAACUUGCAGUUUGUUGCUGCCACCAACCUCGAUGCCGCGACCUUCCAGGUCACGUAUCAGUGCAAAAUCUUGACCACGGCAUUGUUUGCAGUCUUGAUGCUUGGUCAGACCCUGUCGGCGAAGAAGUGGCUGGCGCUGGUCAUUCUCACGGCCGGCGUUUCGUGCGUACAAAUUCCCUCUGGAACGACCAAGACCACCGCGCAGCAAGGGAACUACAUGGUGGGGAUAUUGGCCGUUGCCGUCGCCUGUGUUUGCUCGGGGUUUGCGGGCGUCUACUUCGAGAAGGUGCUGAAGAACGGCCAGAGCUCGUCAAUCUGGGUUCGCAACGUUCAGCUGAGUGUUGGAUGUUUGGGGAUUGCGCUCUUCGGCACGUUUGUGUGGGAUGGCCAAGCAAUCCGCCAACAUGGCUUCUUCCAGGGCUAUAGCCCCGUGGUCUUUGCCACGGUCUGCGUGCAAGCUGCAGGUGGUCUGAUCGUGGCCAUGGUCAUCAAGUAUGCCGACAACAUUCUCAAGGGCUUCGCGACCUCGCUCUCGAUCAUCCUGUCAACUGUCGCCUCGGUGUUCAUCUUCAACUUUGUUCCGACAAUAUACUUCCUGUUCGGCUCGAUAUUGGUAUUCCUCGCUACAUACUUGUACAGCAUGCCAGACGCACCCGAGCCGGUGGAAAGCAGCCACGUCAACAUGCAAGAAAAGAACCCAAUACUUGUCGUCGACGACUAUGAUGUGGCAGAAGGAUUGGGAUUGAAGAACAUCCCCAGACCCUUCCGGGACGAGAGUGACCUUGAAUCGGGUGACGAGAUGGGUCGAGACAGCAUUAGUGUGUAUGAGGCAGAUGACGGCACAUAUUCUCGCAACUUUUCACCCUCUCUGAUUGGGACUCCUCGGACCGACAAACAGCCUGAGCUGGAUUAUGUUAGCUAA